AGUAAAGACAGACAUACUUAUAAAUGCUGAACAUGAAGUAAUCCUGCAGAGAAUUGUUCACUUUAAUAAUGGCUGCAGUAUGGCUUUCAAAAGAUGCUACAUUUGCAUUGUGUGAAAAUUUACGACCACAUGUGCCAGAAGCUAGGAGAGAGACUGCUAUUCCACUAGAAUUAAAGGUUUUAGCAACAUUACACUUUUUAAGUUCAGGCUCAUAUCAAAGAAAAGCUGGGCAAGACUUUUUCAGUUGUAUGUCUCAAUCCUCUAUGAGUGGGACAAUUAAUUUGAUUGUAAAUGCAAUCAACAUAAUAAUGCCACAAUGGAUAAAAUUUCCAGUACAGCCUGAUCAUAUUCGUGUCAUUCAGGAACAGUACUGGAUUAAUACCAAUUUCCCAGGCGUUAUAGGAGCUGUAGAUGGGACACAUGUGGCAAUUUGGCCCCCUGACAAAAAUAGAGAACAUCUCUACAUAAAUAGAAAAUUGUAUCACUCAUUGAAUGUUAUAAUUGUCAGCGAUUAUUAUGGAAACAUAUUGGCAAUACUAGCAAGUCAUGGUGAUCGAACUCACGAUGCUAGAGUAUGGAGUUCAUCACAAUUAUCGAGAUAUAUGUUAAAAAAAUAUUAAAAAGGAAGAAGAAAUGUGAUUCUGGUUAUCCGUUAUUGCCAUAUCUGAUGACACCAAAACGGAAUCAAGAACCAGGAUCUCCAGGUGCAUCAUACACGGAUGCUUAUGUAAAAGCACGUUGUUCAGUUGAAAGGACCAUCAUAGUAUUAAAAGGUCGAUAGAGGUGCUUACGAAAAGAGAGAGCUUUACAUUACGUGCCAGAAUUCGCAGGUAGUUACUCUUAUAUCUUAUAUUAUACGUAU